UGUCCGCCGCCGGCCUCGCGGCUCCAGGAUUCACGCGGAGGAAUUCACCACCGGCGCCGGUAACGUUACCAACGGGCCGCCCGCUGAGCGGAGCAGCUUGACGCACGGUGUCCGGUAACUCGGUCCCGGAAGGAACAGGACGAGCGGCUCGUCAACAAGGUGAAGGCCAGGAGUCACACUGAAAAAGGAAAACUCCCGAACCAAACCUGGGGCGCUGCUGGAGCGCCAGGGCGCUGGAAUGGAGCAGCUCAUUGCGUCGCUGGAAAGGAAGCUGCAGAGGCCCACGCUGGCGAAGUCCCGCACCCUGCCCAGCAUCCCCCAGUCGCCGGCCGUCUCCAGGGCGCAGCGCGCUCGUGUCCCCGGGGGGAGUCCUCCUCGCAGGAAGCACCCGCCGGCCUGCACUCUGCCACCCGAAGGGGAGCCGUGGCGCCUGGAAGACGACAUGGAGGGCGGCGAUGACCCCGAACCCGCCGGCUGCGCCGCGGCCCGCCCUCGCUCGCAGUCGCCGUUCUCCCACUUCCGGGCGCGAGCCGCCUACCUACGCAAGAGCGUCUCGGCCGACGACCACCUGGACGCGGGCUCGGACUCCGGCUCUCCGGCCGCCGUCGAGAGCAAGCCGACCCGGAGCGGCAAGGGCAAGCUGAAGAGGAAGUUUAGUCUGGGCUCCGCUGACCGAAAGGAGAAUCAGCACAAGAAGUCAGAGUCGGGGAUCUCCAAGUUCACCCAUCGCCUGUCCCUCAAAGAGCGAGUGGCCAAAGCGGAGAAGACUUCCACGGACAGGCCUUCAUCCUACAGGAGGCGAUCGCUCAGUGUGGACUGGGCGGACUCUGCCAAGAUGACGCAGCCCAUGAGGGGCGACCCGGCCCACCAGCCGGCCCCGACCCACAAGUCGGCCAGCCUGUCCUCGCCGAGCGCGGCUCGCCGCCUGUACCGCAACUUGUCUGGAAAGUUCCGUGUGGGCACCAACCUCCCCGCCCUGGAGGACAGCGUGGUGUCGGCACGGGGAGGAGACAAAACCACCAUCUUCCAGAGCAAUGAGGCGUUGUUCGAGGCGGUGGAGCACCAGGAGUUGGACCUGGUGCAGAUGCUGCUGUCCCAGUACAGUCUGGAGGAGCUGGACCACAACACCCCGAACAGCGAGGGCCUCCUGCCCCUCGACAUCGCCAUCAUGACCAACAACGUGCCCAUGGCCACGCUGCUGCUGCGGGCCGGGGCCAAGGAGAGCCCCCACUUCGUGAGUCUGGAGGGCCGAGCGGUGCAUCUGGCCACCUUGGUGCAGGAGGCUGAGCAGCGGGGUUCGGAGCUCCAGGCCCAGGUUCAGAGCGAGGGGCCCGGUGAGCGGGAGGAAUCGGACCGGGAGAGGCAGCUCAAGGCCUGGGAGUGGAGGCUCCGGCUCUUCCGACGCAUGCAGACGGGCUUCCAGCACGCGGACCCUCCCGACGCCCCCGGUGCAGCUCACCUGUCAGUCAGCAGCGGCAGCAGCCUGAGGGUGGACCUCCAGGAGCCCGUCUGUGUGCACUCUGCCGUGGUGACCAAGUACAAAGUGAGCUGGAGCAGAGCUCCGUCACUCAGGCCCGUGCUGGGCGAGAUGCUGCUGGAGGACGCCACCCUGCUGCAGUGCAACAUCACCGGACUCUCCUCUGGGACCUAUUACUAUGUCCAGGUGUCCGCCUACAACAUGAAGGGCUGGGGGCCUCCGCUGGUUUCCAUCCCUGCCUGCGCCGCACCUUCCAGCUGGAGGGACGUCGACGGCCGGGCUCCCCGCCAGAGGGGCCAGAAGGAGGCCCUGGACCAGCUCCUCGGGCAAAUCAAGGAAGCUCACCGCCACUGUGUCUGCCACGAGCAGUGUAAAGCUCCAGCUCAAGGGAGGAAGCAGUCCGUGUCCAAGAGCCUCCGGCACCUCUUCCAACCCACCAGCAAAUUUGUUAAAAGCUUGAAAAGAGGCCUCUACCUGACGUCCAUCCUCUACAGAGACGACAACGUGUUGGUGACGCCAGAGGACCAGAUUCCCAUCGUAGAAGUUGAAGAUUCCUGCUCCAGCUCCCUCAUGCAGGACUUCCUCUGGUUCACCAAGGUGUCCUUCCUGUGGGAGGAGAUCCCCUGGCUGCAGCAGUGCCUCGUUCCCUCCCAGUCGUCCUGCUCCUGCACGCUGCAGACACGCCUCAAGAUGCUGCAGGCCGUCUCCCACCUCCAGGGCAUGCUGGGAACCCAGGACCUCGGGCAGGUGUAUUUUGAGCCAAUCAAAGACAAGCAUGGCAACGCCCUGCUGGUGCUCCUCAAGGACAUGAGCGCCGGUCCCAACCUGGACGGGGUUCGCUGGACGCAGCUCUGCAAACUGCAGCUCCAUCGCAAGACCAUCUCGCCCCCCGAAGAGCCGACCGCCCUGGACACGCUGCUCAUCACGCUGCACGAGAAGCUGGCGUACCACAGGCGGAGCAGGAAGACGCUGCCUCCGGGCUUGUACCUGGGCUACCUGAAGCUGUGCACCUCGGUGGAGCAGAUCAAGGCGCUGGUGCCCCAGAAGCUGCCCAACGUCCUGUGCCACACCAAGAUCCGGGACAACAGCAACGUGUCCAGAGAGGAGUGGCAGUGGCUGCAGGCGCUCAGCUCUCUGGAGGAGGCGAUGGAAAUGGACCAGGAAGAUCAGAGCGCUCCACACCGCCUCCUACAGGACCUGCGCGGCGCCAUCAAAGACCUGAUGGCUCACAUCAACGUCCCCGGCAACCAGGUGCAGGACUUCCGUAUCUACAGCCAGGAAGUGGUGGAGUUUGGGCAGAAAGUGUCCUUCCUGCUUCUCCUGCCCCCUUCAGAUGAAGUGUGCACCGCUCCCGGUCAGAACAACCCGUACUCGCCUCGCUCCGGCUUCCUCACCCUGCCCCUCCAGAUCUUUGAACUGGUCCACUUUAAUGCCUAUUGCCCCAGUUUCAUUGGCCAGUACUGCAGAGUCUCGGCUUUGCUGGAACUGGAGUCUCUCAUGUCCCAGCAGGCCCUGAGGGAGGCCUUCUCCGAGGCCGAGCUCCUCGCCGCGAAGAAGAAGCAUCAGCAGAUCCAGGAACACGUGCAGCAAUUGGAGGAGGUGUGGCGCGACGCCAGGUGGAUCAUGGACGCCCUGCAGUACGCCCGCUACAAGCAGCCGGCGGGAGGCGUGUCCAUCAGCUGGAUCAUCGACUUCUCCAAGGAAGUGUUGCCCGACGAGGCCCCGCCCCCCUCCUCCCAGACCGACUUCAUGCCCUCGCCUUCACCGGAACCCGGCCGCAAGCACUCAGAUUUUGCCGGACUGUCGGACGAGGAAGGCUCCUCCGAAGUCUUCCUCACCACCGACAGCGACUACGACUCCAGCCGCGCCCAGAGUCCCCGCGAGCUGGACCUGCUGCCGCCCUCGCCGCUCUCGUCCUCCGCGCCGCCGGAGUCCCGCGGUUUCCUGCGCAGCGACGGCAGCGGCUCCGGCGAGGGGCCGUCCCUCGGCGGCGGGCGCGGCGCCGGCUCGCCGAGGGACGGCCCCUCGCCGGACGUCCUCCGGGCCUCGGAGCCGCCGCCGCCUCACGGGAGGGAAGGCGAGCGCCGCGGCGGCGGAGGGCUCCGCUGCGGCGUGGAGAGGCGAAGGGGGGGCCCCGAGUUCUUCGACAGCGACUUCAUCCUGCCCAGCCGGCAGAUCGAGCUGCUGCACAUCACGGAGAAGAGGCAGGCCUUCUGCGUGAGGACCAGCAGCCUGGAGUUCCCGCCCGCCGCCCACCAGCCUCACUCCCACCACAGCGCCCGCCCCUCGCCCGCCACCUCGCCGCAGCGCCGAUGGCCGCGCCCCUCGUCGGUGGACCGCUGCUGCUCGGCCGAGCGCUGCCCGCCGCGGCGUCCGCCGGCGAGGACUUUAUCGCAGGACAGCGGCACGCGGAGACUCUCCUCGCUGUCGCCCGCCGGCCUCAGGAAGGGCGGCCACGCCACGCUGAGGGUUCACCCGCAGUACCAAACCGGCCUGCCCAAGGAGACCAGCGUCAAGCUCUGUGUGACUCCGGGCACGUCGGCGGGGGAGAUGAUCCAGCUGGUGGUGCAGGAGAUGAACGUCGUGUCGCGGCGCCUGCUCGGCGGCGAGGAGGAGGAGCAGGGCGUGUUCUACAGCCCCGAGCAGCUCAAGCACUUCGGCCUGGUGCUCGUGGUGGACAACCGGGAGAAGUGGCUCCAGGACGACUUCUGUCCCCUGGAGCUCCAGAACCCGUGGCUCCGGGGCAAGCUGUGCAUCCGCGUGAAGGAGUAUUCGCCCCUGGCGCUCAAACACAGCCGCGCCACCACGGUGUGACGCCUCCGGCGAGAGGAGAACGGAGGUCAGGAACGCUCUGAGAUCCUCGUUGGAUGAAAUGUGAAAUGUGAAGGAACUGUUACAUGUGUAAAGAACAGGCUCCUCCCUCUCUCGCUCUGGUGGCGGCGCCGCGUCUCUUUCCCGCCGUGUUCUUGUGAUCUGAAGCUUCUGUUUCCAUGACGCGUGUUUUUUUUUCUUCCUACGAACAUCACGGGACCCCACGCGGACGCCGAGCGAGCGAAAUGGAACGAUGACGAAAACGUGUUUUUGUGCCAUCAGGAAUCAUUAGUGAAAACGAUUGUGAUGCUGAGCGACAUCAACAGAGCGACACGUCGGCUCCUGGCUACAGCGGCGGCGCAUCGGGGCGUUGCCAAGGCGACACGGGCGCCACCGUCCCACGCGGCUUUUCUUUAUGAACUCUCUCAUUGUGCCGUUCCCAAAGAGCUGCCGGGCUGCAGCCGCCCGGCCCCGCGGCCCCAGGAUGGGGGCUCUGGACCUAGACCCGGACCAGGGGCCAGGAAGGGAGGGAGGGAGGAGGAGGAGGAGGAGGCGGCAUCUUGCAGAACCUGGUUCCCCGGUGCUCUUUCUCUCCCUUGCAGUAAAAUCUUUGUUGAGUCUACUCAGUCGCAGCGUAGCUAACUAAAUACUCACGUUGUGAAGGAACACAAAGUAAAACCCGCCGGUUGGAGUUUCACACAACAGAGAAAACAAAAGCAAUACUUGAGUUCUGUUUGUUCUUUUCUAAGAGAUGGAGAGAGGAAAGAAAAGCAUGUCAACCUUCCAGAACGGUGCUCAGCACCUCUUUGGCUCACGCUGCGCUCAACGUCAACCGGUCCAGUGUUCCACAGGGGCCCCCCCACAGGGGCCCUCCCACAGGGGCCCUCCCGUUGUUAAGAGGCCGCUGUCAGCAAAGUGCCAUCUUGUGUAUUCCAGACUUCAGGUGGAGUUCUCCAUGGACUCCCCUUCACGAUGAGAGGCUGACAGACGCGUCUCCUCCCACGCACAAACCGCGACGACCCGUCAAAAUAUGAUGAGGAGGGACACUUCAGAUGCACAGCGAAGAGUUUUUAUUUAUGAUGGAAUUAUAUCUUGAACAUUCAUACGAACAUAAUUUAAUUAUUCUUAAUUCUCAUUUCCUACCUCCUGCUUCAGAAUAUAAUCUCAUCCAACAUCAUUGCCAAACUGUCAGUGCAGGUGGUUUAACCUGCAGUUCUCCCCCUGAUGGAGGCCUCCUCUCCGGUAGGUGGAUCAUGACCGUUACCCAAACUAUGAUGCACGUCUUUUAUUUUUUUUAAUAAAUAUAAUUAAUACUAAUGACACAAUAAAUAAGGCCUCUUAACAAUCUAAACCAUCCUCUUUUUUGUGCUUUUUUUUGGGAAACCACGUUUUGGAUUUCUCUGUGAAACCUCACAGCGUCAGAGCGGUGUGUUGACGGAGAACUCCACCUCUCCAACCGGUUCUGUGCCCCCAUCGACGCAGGCUCAGCAACAUAAUAACCUGCAGCAUUUCCAAAUGUAGCACCCAUGAAAAGCCCCAAAAAUGGGAGGGGCCUGAUGGGUGGCGUCAGUGGGCGUGGCCUCCGUUAUUGUAGCGUUUUAGGUUCAAGGGGAGAGCUCACAGCGGCUUUCAGAGGUGUGUUUACGUGUGACGGCUGUACAUAGAUGUCUUGAGACGAACCGAUGUUAUAAUAAUUGUACUUGUUUUCACUGAUGGCUGGAACUGUUGUGUUAGCUUAGAUAUCGUCUUUAUUCACGUCGUUAAAAGACGUUUUUACGACCUGCAAAAUAAAGUAAAUCACACAAACCAGAAGCUGAACAGAGGCAACGAGACCAGGGGAUGAAUGUACUGUAUCCGCCCUCAAUGUGAAAGUGGGACUGUCGUCACUACUGAGGUCAAAGGUCACUGAAGUUACAGGAGUCUGUCUUAAGAUGAAGCUAAAGGGGAAGAGGGGGGUUUAUAUUCCCUUUCCACUUGAGGAAUAAAGCAACGCCCCAUGUUUACAAGGAGCUGUUGGCAGAUCCAUCAGGCAUGAAGGAGACAUCACGUCACUUUUUUUAAAAUCUAUUUUUAUUGAACAAUAAAUGAAUAUUACAAAAUAAAAAGCCA